AAGUCGCUACACUAGUUUGUCAAGACAACGCGGCCCUGGGAGAGCGUCAUCAGCCAGCGACGCGCGAAGGGCGGCGGGAGAGACUAGCCAAGGAAGUGACGUAAAGGAGCGCCUCCGAGAAGGCCAGCAAGGGCAGGCUAUGGGCCCUCGGCGCCUCCUGUUGGUUGGGGAGGGGAAUUUCUCCUUCGCCGCCGCGCUGAGCAGGACUCUGGAUCUGAGCACGAGUCUGACGGCCACCUGCCUCCAGCGCCAGGCCGACGCGAACCGGGACCCGGUGACCCGAGAGAAUCUGGAGCGCCUGCGUGAGCGAGGUGCAGAGAUACGUUUUGGUGUGGACUGUACCCAGCUGGCAGAUGUCUUUGAACUGCAAGACAGGGAGUUCUAUCGAAUUUAUUUUAACUUUCCCCACUGUGGACGCAAAGCUGGAGUAGCUAAGAACAGAGAACUGCUUGCCAAAUUUUUUCAGAGCUGUGCAGAUGUCCUUGCAGAGGAAGGAGAAGUUCACGUGGCAUUGUGUAGAGGACAAGGUGGAACUCCUGCUGAUAAGCCCAGAAGAGAAUGGUACAACAGUUGGCAAGUGGUUGCUAUGGCCGCACUGGGGGGAUUCAUUCUAAGUGAUGUGCAUCCCUUCAGCUAUCACACUCUGCCAGGCUACAAGUGCACUGGAUAUAAGAGUCAAGAUAAAUCCUUUCAUGUAGAAGGUGCUUUGAACCAUAUCUUCACACGGAGCUUACCCUUUGAAGGUUUACAGCCCAGAAUCUUCAGGCUCAAAGUGGGUGAUCAAUGGUUUUCCUUCCCGGAACCAGAAGCUCUUGUGGGAAAAUUGAAUAGGGAUUUCCUAGAAGCAUCUUCAUGUCAUCCUAUCAAAACCAUAAAUGAGAAACUCAUUACUGAAUUGGGCAAAGCUUUCCCUCUAAAAAGGCUGAAGUGUUCUUUCCCUUUGCUGCCACUGGGAGGCACCAGUGUUCUCACUCCUUGGAACUGUGACAUUCUGUCAGCAGCCUUCUGGAUUAGUCUCUGUGAAGAUAACUCAAAUUCCCAGUUCCUAACUGGUAGGACAACACAAGACAUGGAGGGCUUCCUUGUGUCAUUUUCAGAACUUAGUCUUUCCAACACUCCUGGAAGAAACAGUGAGGGAGAAGCUCAUGAAGGACACUGUGACCAAGCCAAGGUCUGCCUUAGACCUUCUCUCCUUGUUCAUGUUCAGGAUGUCAUCCAAGCACCAGACUUCCUCCCAGGUUCUCUGCACAUCCUUAGUGGACCUGUCUUUCGGAAAUGCCAUAUCUCUUCUUUCACAAUGCCAGCAUUUCAUGAGACUUUAUUUAUCCUUGGAUUUAAUGAAAAUCGGAAGGAUGUCUGUCUUCAAUCACUACUGGAUCACCUGAAGAGCAUUCUAGAUAGCCUCCUGAACCAGACAUUGUUGGAAGGCUCUAAGAUGAGCAGUUCAGUGGAAUUUGUCUUUCAACCAGAUGAGAAAGAUUUUGUGAUCAGUGUGAAGUCUCAUCAUUUUGCCCCAGAUUGUGCCAAGGAUCUAAUUAUUGGGUCUGUCACCACGUCUGCAGUAAGCCUUAUACACAAAGACCAGGGUUUUGUGUUUGUGUCUAUAAACUUGGACCUUUUAGCCAUGCUUGUCUGGGGUAUCUCUGACUGGAGAAUGUUGUGGACCUUUGAUAAUCGUUUCCUAAAGCAUUUUGUCCCUGGGAAAAUUGAACCCUUUAAAAACUAUUCCCUCUAUCCUCCAUGCUAUGUGCAUGAUAUUAGUUUUUGGUUGGAUGAGAAGAAAGGAUUUGAUGAACUAGAGUUUCACACUGUGGCCCGGGCAGUGUCCCAGGACACUAUCAUAGCCAUUCAAUUCCUUAGUUGUUUUCAACAUCCAAAGACUGGCCAGACUAGUCUCUGCUACAGAAUGACCUACCAGACCUGUGACAAGGCCCUCACCCAGCAGCAGGUAGCAUCAAUGCAGUCCCAGUUUAGGAAAGAGAUUCAACAACGACUACAUGUGACACCUCGGUAGUUGUAUAAAUUCAUUUUUACGGUGGGAGUUCCAUGGUGUGAACAAAAUCCACCAAUGUAUAACCAAGAAUUUUCUGAACUGCUUUUUAUUGUUAACUCUUUUACUAUGUAAUUUUAACCACUGUCUGUUGACUCUAAAGAUGAUACUUAGACUUACAGACCGUAAUGUGAUCAAAACAGUAUCUUAUACUGUAGAUGCUCCAUUGCUGAAGAGGCAGUAGAAUUUUGGUGUCUCAUCAUAUAUAUAUUUUUCCUACACUGUCAAUUCCUCUUUCCUACCUCUAUAUGAAUUUCAAGGAGUCAGAUAAUUUGCAAGUGCUUCAUAAGUAGUAUUGGCAUUAUCAUUUUUAUUCCAUGGUUGAUUACUGUAAAUCAUGGAAUUAAUAAAUAUCAGAUUUAGAGUCCACAAUUGGGUCUGUCUGGCUCAAAAGCCCAUGUUCUUUCUGCCACUUUCUGUUACUUUUCCUUCCCUAGCCUCUCAACUGUGAUUAACUCUAAAUUUUGCCUCCCUAGCCCCUUGCCCCUGCAUUAGAUUUUUUUUGGAGGGUUGGGGGGUGGACACUGGGAGGUUUGAUAUGCCCAGGACUCUGCAGAGUGAGGUACUCUAAUAUGAAUUUAUGUAUCUUCCUAAUUAAAAUGUAAGACUCCAUAGAUUGUAAUCUCUGUGAAGGAUAUACACAUAUUUAUUACUGUACUUGGAGAGAAGCAUGCAAGAAGGCAAGAAUAGAAGGGAUGUGAUAAAAGAAACAAAUUAGGAAGUCAUCACGGUAAUCCAAGUAAGAGAUAAUGAUGACUGGAAACAGCACGAUAAGUUAUAGGAUUGGGUAACACUUAGAUUUGCUGUGAAUUAAAUAUAUAUGCACUGGUGAAGUCAGUGGUGCUAGAGAAAAAGAGGAAUCAAAUAGGACUCCUAGGUGCUUAUAUUAAGCUACUGGAAGAAUAGGAGUUUCAUUAACUGGAAUGGAAAAACUGGCAUAGGAGUAAGUUUUAGAGAGUGCAGUAAAGAAUCUAGGAUUCUUUUGGGGACAUAUAUAUUGCUUAGCUCUCCAUAUAGACUGAGGGUAGUUAAUGUAAUUUAUAACUUUCAUCAAUUCCCAGUAGUACCUGUAUGUGGAUAAGGUUUCAUUUGAGCUGGCUCCUAAAAUGAGGGAUGUGACAGAAGGAUUGUCAAACAAGGAGGUCAUGCAUUCCAGGCAGAGGGCUUAUUUGAAUAGAGGUAUGGAUAAGGGGGCAUUUUGGGCACUUUUCAUGUUAGCUGGAAUGUAAAAUGUGUAUCGGAAAGUAGUGGGAGAUAAGAUUAGACAAGUAAAUUGAAAUUGCAAUACUGUACACUUAAAACUUAAGUUUUAAACCAAUGUUACCUCAAUAAAGUUUGAUAUAAAAAAAGUUUGGGACUGGACUUCAUAUCAUGAAAUAAUUCAGUUCUUGUCAUGAAAGACUAUAAAUGUUAGAAUAAGGACUUUGUGCUUCAUUGGGCAGGCAAUAAGAAAAAUCCUUUGAUUUUUAAUUGAGGAAGCAACACACAGAGUAAUGCUUUUGAAAAAUUAACUGGACAGUGUUGCACAGGGUGAAUUUGAGAUGGGAGAUUCCUGUAAGGAUGUAGUAGUUUUUGGUGGAGGCAGGGAAGGGGUUGCAUGAGAGUGAAAUGAAAAUGGGAAUGGAAAAGAGGUGGCUAUACAAGAUGUAGCUCAUGUGGGGUGUCUGAACUUGGCAAUUAAUAAUUGCUAAGCAAUGUGAUCAAUCUCCAUUUUCAAUACUUGUGCAUUUUUAAUAUGAAGUCAUA